AUGGAUUUAUACUCAGAAGCUAAUUAUGCACACGAAAUGUCACCAUGUCCUAAAUGUCGAGGCGACAGCGACAUAACAACGGGAAGAAAACAAUCACUUACUAGUUCGCAAAGACUAAUUAUCUUAGCAACUAUAGUUCUAUUUAUUUUAUCUUGUGCAAUUUUGGCAUGCAAUGUGUGGAUACUAUCAGAAAACAUUAACAUCAGACAUGAACUGUCUAACGAGUUACAUAAAGCUGCUUUACAAAAUCAAGUUGAAGAAACUCAUGGAGAUGAAGACGACGAUGGAAUUUACAACCACGUGGUUUUUAAACGAAACGCUCAAAAGAAAACCAAAUCGAAGAGAGGUCGCAGAUGUAAGUGCAAAGGUAAACGUGGGAAAAGAGGACCUCCCGGACCCAAAGGUGAUCAAGGAGAAAAAGGUGAAUCUGGUAAAACAGGACAAAGUGGUACUCCUGGUAUAAGAGGAGAUCCGGGUCCUAUUGGGACUCAAGGAAAUACUGGACCGAAAGGAGAGAAAGGUGAUCCUAGUAAAACGAUAAAAAUAAAAGCAGCCCAUUAUACUUCUGACUUCGAUCGCGACAUAGACCAUGAGGACAAGAUCUGGGAAAAGACAAAAAAUGGUUAUAGAGAAUAUGUUGAAUGCAAUAACAUAUGGCAUGGUACUGUUUGCAGAAAUAGAACAUAUACAAGUUUAAAAAACAGUCAAACUAUGACGUUUCUAGAGAGAUCGAAUUGGAAUAAUGUUGAAAAUCCGUUUGAUGAUACAGAAAAGGGAAAAUAUAAAGCCAAAGAAACAGGGAUAUAUCUCGUUUACUUCCAUGUUGUGUUCAAUAAUGUUUUGUCCAGGGAAGAAAUAGCCAUCAUACAUCAUCGACAUAACCCAAACACUGACACUGUACUUAGGUGUGUUGAAGGCAACGACAGUUAUGAUCACGGACCAAAAAGUCAUAAAAACAAAAAGAUGAAGACUUGCAGCAUAACAAGUGUACUAUUCGUUCAGCAGAAUGAUGUUUUAGAAAUACAAAACAAAAUUGCUGGUACAUCCAUUGACCUUACGAAGGAUGCUACAUAUUUUGGAGCAGUUCUUUUAUCAAAUGUUCCUCAAUGAUCUCGUUUUACAUGCUUCCAAUUGAGAUUUAUUUUAAUGACUUAAAAGUGUAUUACAUUUUGUUAGUCAGAUACACAUUUCAAUAUAAUGCAGAUAUAAUGAUAGAAAUCAGUUGAAAAACUUAUCGUUUUUUUUUGGUUAACAAAUAUAUUCCUUUGCAUAGUAAUAAAUGACUUUUUGCGUUUAGCAUACACUUUUUCAAGUAUUCAUCAUACAUGUAUGCUUACUUAUAUCUUUGUUGAAAGCUACAUUUGGGAUAUAGAAUGACUUCCUCGAAGAUUAACUAGUUAUCCAUUAGAAACUCUUACUUUUACACUGAAAUCCUUUACAGCUUAACUUUUUUCUAUAUAAAAUUCAUGACCAAAUUAAAAUAAUACAUAUUUUAUGUUAAUACCUCGACAUUUCAAAAUACAUGUACCAAGUCAGGAAUAUGACAGUUGUUGUCCAUUCAUUUGAUGUGUCUUAUCAUUUGGUUUUGCCAUUUGAUUAGAGACAUUCCGUUUGAAAUUUUCCUGGGAUAUCAUUAUUUGUGUUUUUACUUUUUAAGUCAAUAUAUAAAAAAGACGAGUAAAAUAUAUAACCGGUUUAAACUGAAUUUAUAAUACCGUCACUUGUAAAAGCAUUGCUACAUACAAUACAUGAAAAGUAUUUAGAUGGAAAUUAUUUUUUAUAUUUAAAAAAAGAACAAUUAAUUAAGAUGAAUGCAAUAUUUUAUACUGAACUAUUUAUUGAUGAGGAAUUUUUCAUCAUUGCAAACUAUAAUAUACAUGUAUUAUAAAAGAGAAAUGCUUGACAAUUAAUAAAUCGGAUUAUUUUGUACUCAUUGUUAUUAUUCUAGCAUUAUCUUGUACAUGGUAUCUGUGUUUGCCAAAAAAGAGCUUGUUAUUGGUAUAUGGUUUUUUUUCUUUCACUUUUAGUUUUAAAACAGUAGAAUAAAUCCUAUUUCACAUUUUUAUUCCUAUAACAUAAAUCAUGUUUAACAAGAUCAAUAUAUUUUCAAAACUUUCAGCUUCCCAGUUUGAAAAUCUUUGAGACAAUGUUACAUGACAUGCAGUAAUUUUUCAAAGCUUAAAUAAAUGGACUGAACAUAAAUUGCUUUCAAUAAAUUGGCAGAAACAACUUCUUUUGAAUUUUACUUAAUUCUUAAAAAAACAACAUUUAGUGCGAAAAGGCUAUGAUUGUGACCAACGAAUAUUUAAAUUAUUUACGUAAUAAAAAAUUGUUUGAAACAAGUGUUAGUCUAGUUAUAUAAUAUAUCAAUUAAGAAUGUAAUAUUUUAUUUUUAAAAUUUUUAACACCAUUGUUUAAUAUCAGAUGUUUGGUUCUAAAACUGUCAUUUACAACUUAUAAUCUAUACAAUUGACCCUAGUUGGUCAGUAAACCGACAACCAACCUCGAUUUCAUAUAGUCUAAGGUGACUGUAUCAUAUUAUUACACUACUAUAUUUAAAGUUGUACGUCUCAAAUAAAUACCUGUUUAUUUUAAGAUUGUCUAUACAAAUCUGUUCAGGUAUGAGAUAACAUAUCAGUCGACCUACUUUUUAAACCGUCCUUUGUAAACUUCAUGUAAAGAUUUUAUUAUGUGUAAAUAAAAAUCUGUAUAAUA